UUUCAUUUAAUUAGAUAAAAGCAAACAGAAGAACAGCAACGGUUCCCGCUUCUCAAUAUUUAAAGAUUAUUUAGUUAUUUUCAUGUUUAUUUCUGGAGUGUGUAUUUAGAUUUCAUAAUUUCUCGAUGCAUUCACCGCUUUCAAGAUGUAUAUAAAAUCUAUAGUGUUGGACGGUUUCAAAUCCUACGGCAACAGAGUUGAAAUCACCGGCUUUGAUCCAGAAUUCAACGCUAUCACGGGCCUCAACGGAACUGGGAAGUCUAACAUCUUGGAUUCAAUUUGUUUUGUUUUGGGGAUAACUAAUUUGUCUAACGUGCGGGCAGGGAGUCUUCAGGAGUUGAUAUACAAGCAUGGACAAGCUGGGAUCACUAAGGCUACAGUCAGCAUCACGUUUGACAACAAAGAUAAGAGGCAGUGUCCAAUCGGAUAUGAGAAUCAUGAUGAGAUUACUGUGACUCGUCAGGUGGUGAUGGGUGGCAAGAACAAGUACCUGAUCAAUGGCAUCAAUGUGCAGAACAAGCGUGUGAGUGACCUGUUCUGCUCGGUGCAGCUCAAUGUCAACAACCCACACUUCCUCAUCAUGCAGGGGCGCAUCACCAAGGUGCUCAACAUGAAGCCACCUGAGAUAUUAUCAAUGGUAGAGGAAGCAGCCGGUACCAGGAUGUAUGAAGCUAAGAAGCAAGCAGCUGAGAAGACCAUUGAGAAGAAGGAUGCUAAAUUGAGGGAGCUCAAUGAUAUAAUCAGGGAAGACAUAGCCCCGAAGCUGCAGAAGCUGCAGGACGAGCGCUCGCAGUUCCAGGAGUACCAGAAGGUGGUCCGCGAGCUCGAGAACCUCACCCGGCUCUACAUUGCUUACAAGUACGUAUCAGCCGAAGAAAAUGCAAAAGAAGCGGAGGCGAAGGUGAUAGAGGUCCAGGACGAUAUUCAGAGCAAGAAGGAUAAGAUCGAGAAUAACAAGAGAGAGGCCAGACAUCUGGAUGAACAAGUGGCUGAGCUCAAUAGGAAGCUGGAUGAGGAGAGCGGCAGCGUGCUGAAGGAGCUGGAGACAGAGCUGCUAGCGCUGGAGAGCGCGGAGGCUCGCAGCAGCGCAGCGCUGCGCGGCGCGCGCGAGGCUGUGACGUCACACGAGGCGCGCGCGCGGCUGCUGCGUCGUGCGCUGGCUGACGACGAGGCGGCCUUGGCUGCCAAGACCAAGCUUGUCGGUGAGGUGUCGUCGGCGUUCGAGAGGCUGCGGUCGGCGAGCGAGCGCAGCGCGCAGGCGCUGGCGGCGGCGCAGGCGCAGUUCCUGGCCGUGAGCGAGGGCCGCGAGGGCGCCGCGCACUCGCUGCAGGACCAGCUCAUGGCCGCCAAAGCGGAAGCGUCAGAGGCCUCGACUCGAAUCUCCCAAAGCCAAAUGGAGAAGAAGCACGCGGAAGAUAGACUGAAAACUCUAGAACGAGAGUUCAAAUCCAGCAGCUCUCAGUUCCAGAAAGACCAGCAGAACAUCGACCGACAGCAACGACAGGUUGACACUCUGCAGGCGGAACUGUCCCAAAUGAAAUUCAGUGAAGACCGAAACGGCCAACUGAAGCAAUCAGUGCGGACGCUUCAGAGCACUGUGCGGCAACAACGCGACAUUGUUGAUGGAUUGUCUGCGAAGUUGCAACGUUGUGAUUUCAAGUAUUCUGCGCCCCAACCUAACUUCGAUCAUUCAAGAGUCUCAGGUACCGUGUGUAGACUGAUCGACGUCCGCGACCCCGUGUACUGCACGGCGCUGGAGACUGCUGCUGGCGGGAAGCUAUACAACGUAGUAGUAGACACGGACGUGACCAGCAAACUGCUGCUGCAGCGCGGCAACCUCCAGUCGCGGACUACCAUCAUCCCGCUCAACAAGAUCAGCGGCCACGUCAUCGACGCCGACACGCUGCGGCUAGCGCAAGAAGUCGGCGGUGGCCCGGAGAAUGUGCAGCUCGCGCUUGACCUUAUCUCCUACCCCCCACAUGUCAGAAGCGCGAUGGAGUGGGUGUUCGGCGGCACGCUGGUGUGCCGCGACAUGGACACGGCGCGGCGCGUGACGUUCCACCGCGCGGUGCGGCGGCGCGCCGUGACGCGGGACGGCGAUCUCUGCGACCCCGCCGGCACGCUCGCCGGCGGCGCGAGGCUCAAGGGAGGCUCAGUACUUGUCCAGCUGCAACAACUGCGUGAGGCGGAACAACAGUUGUCGGCCGCCGAACAACAGUUGUCGCGCGACAGUGCCGAGCUGGCUGGCAUGCAGCAAGCGGCCGAGAGAUACACCGCCAUGCAACACAAAUACGAGAUGGUGAGCCACGAACUGGAAGUAAUAAAGGCGCGGAUCGCGACUACCUCGCACGCGCAGCUGCACAGCGAGAUCGAGACCUUGAGGAAGCAAGUUCAGGACCUCACAGCCACCGUGGCUGCGGACCAGCUGGUGCAGAAGGAGACCGCCGCCAAGGCUAAGGAGUUGGAGCUCAAGGUCAAAGAUAUCAAGGGGCAUAGAGAGAGAGAGUUCAAAAAAGCGGAAGAGGCCCUGAAGAAUGCUAAGAAGGAGGCGGAACAACACAGCAAUUCUUGGAAGCAACGCGAACAAGAGUUCGAGACGUUGCGUUUGGAAGUGGCCGAGCUGGAACAAGCGGUGGCCAGCAGCCGCGCAGCGCUGCAGCACACCGCCGACAGCGCUGCAGCGCUGCAGGAGACGCUGCAGCUGUGUGCGGGAGAUCAUGCUAACGCUGACAAAGCAGUGAAGGAAAUGCAGUCGCGCAUCAAGACGCAGAAGGCGGAGAUCGCGGGCCGCAGCGGCGACAUCGCGCGGCUGCUGAAGAAGAAGGAACAGCUCUCCAAGGGCAACGCGGACCUCGAGCUCAACAUCAAGGAGCUGGACUACAAGAUCAAGGAGCUGCAAACUGAGGCCGCUGAUUGUGCGAAGAGGAUAAAAUCCCUAGAAACCGAGCAUCCUUGGAUAUCUUCUGAGCGUCAAUAUUUCGGUUGCGCGGGCGGACUGUAUGACUUCGAAACUCGGCAAGCUUCGGUCGCCGGCCAGAGGAUCUCACAGCUCACGGAGCGGAGAGACAAGCUGGCGAGGGGACUCAACGCUCGAGCGCACACACUGCUGGGCAAGGAGGAGGAACAGUACCAAGACGUGAUGAGGAAGAAGAAGAUAGUGGAAGCGGACCGCGCGAAGCUGGUGCAAGUGAUGGCGGAGCUGGACGAGAAGAAGCGGCGGACGCUGGUGGCGGCGAGUGAGCAGGUCAACCGCGACUUCGGCUCCAUCUUCAGUACGCUGCUGCCCGGGGCGCAGGCGCGGCUGGCGCCCCCGCCCGGCUGCUGUGUGCUGGACGGGCUGGAGGUGAAAGUGGGCUUCAACGACACAUGGAAGGAGUCCCUGGGGGAGCUGUCGGGCGGCCAGCGCUCGCUGGUGGCGCUGUCGCUGGUGCUGGCCAUGCUGCUGUUCAAGCCGGCGCCGCUCUACAUCCUCGAUGAGGUAGACGCCGCGCUGGACCUCUCGCACACACAGAACAUCGGGAACAUGCUUAAAAACCACUUCAGGCAUUCACAGUUCAUAAUAGUGUCUCUAAAGGAUGGGAUGUUCAAUAAUGCGAACGUUUUAUUCCGCACUAAGUUCGUUGACGGAAUGUCGUCGGUCCAGCGCACUGUCAACUCGCACCGGUGAUUGCCGAGCGAUUCUAGUUCUUAAGGUGAUGUUAAUAAAGUACAAUAUUUUUUAACA